UGUAUAGCAAUCUGGUUAAGUUUCACUGAGCAGAGGUGGCCCCAGCAGAUAUCCUGAUUCCAUAUGGCUGAUGUGUAAUUAUAAUGAAUUAGAGAGUGUCUACCGUACAUUUCCAGUUAAAGAAAGCCCCCACCCUGCUGCCAUGGUCAGCCUGGUCCAAGAUGCCCCUGGAGGAAAUGACAUGUUGUUGUAAUGUAUAUGUAAUUUGGAAUUGGAAAGCCCUGCAAAGCUUGAGGCCUUGGGUGUUCGCUAGCUAGACAUGGGCUGGUUGUAGCAACUGACCCAGUUUUCCCAGGAAAUUAUGGGAAUAGACCAUAAUUCCAGUAAACUAUUGUGAGAAGAAUGCAUGUAACCUUCUAAAUUUUAAGGAAAUAAUAAAAAUAAAACAUAUUAAGCCAAAUAACUAACAUCAAACUGGAAAGGUUUGCUUUGAAGGUGAAUAACAAAGUUAUAUGUUUUUUAGGUGUAUGUUAUGAAGUGAGGCCACUGCACAGGCCUAAGAAAACAUGAACAACAAUAUAAUAGUUAAUGUCUGGAUUAGCAUAUGACUGAAAAUAAAUGGAAAAGGCAUGAAUCCCAUUCAUAGUCCAGUGCUACGUACCCCCACCCUCCACUUUCCCGAUGCAGAGCUCUCAUUUGAUUAGCAAGCUGGCAGCUGCACUUCCACAUCUCUCCCUACUCCACCUCCUGCUCUCUUCGCUCAGCCUUUUCUGCAUGACCGUGGCAGUGAGGGGCUGUCCCGGGAAGAUGGCUGGUGGGCUGGUCGGCUGAUCAGGACAGAGAUCAGUGCAGCCACACAGAGACAGGCAGUGCUUUCAGGGCCGGGCUCUUUUCCCCUGAGGAGAGGCAGUUUCUGUCUGUGAGGCAAGCAUCCUGUUACGUUUUUCUUUUUUCUUUUUUUUCUCACUGAUGCUUUACAAGCAGAAAACAAGAAGGCCAUGGAGAUUGGAAAACAGAAGCUCAGCAAAGACUCUGUGUUUUUCCGAGAUGGGAUAAGAAGAAUAGAUUUCGUCCUCUCGUACGUUGACGAUAAAGACUGUGAAAGAAAACAGGAGAGAAGGAGAAUUUAUGAAGCCAACCUCAAAGGAGCCGGCCUGGAGUUGGAAACAGAAGAUAAGUCGGAGUCUGAGGAUGGUAAGACAUACUUUGUGAAGAUCCACGCACCGUGGGAGGUGCUGGCCACCUAUGCAGAUGUGCUGAAGAUCAAGGCUCCAUUCAGACUUAGCGACAUACCGGACGAUCAGGAAAUGCCCAUGAACUGGCUCUCCACUCCUUUCCGACUGCCCAAGAACAUCAUGAAUCCCGAGCCAGACUAUUUCACCACUCCUUUUAGCAAGAGCAAGUCCGACCUUUUCCUUAUCGACAACCAAGACACGUUCUUCCCUCCCUCCACUCGCAACAGGAUAGUCUACUACAUCCUGUCCCGCUGUUUGUAUGUCAGUGAAGAAUGUGGAGACAAAAAGGGAAUUAAGAGGUUGUUGAACAACGGCACCUACACUUCUGCCUUCCCCCUUCAUGACUCCAGAUACUGGAUAAGAUCCAAAGAUGCCAACUGUGAAAGUGAAAGAUACGACCUCUACAAACACUGGGCGAGAUUCUUCUGCUUUUUCAAGGAGCAGCCCAUUAACCGCAUCAGAAAAUAUUAUGGCGAGAAGAUUGGCAUUUAUUUUGCUUGGCUUGGUUUCUACACUGAGAUGCUGCUGUUUGCCGCAGUCGUUGGAACGAUUUGUUUCACUUACGGGUUUCUCACCUACGAUGACAACGAGUGGAGUAAAGAAAUCUGCAGUAAUGAAAUUGGAGGGAAAAUUGUCAUGUGUCCCCUUUGUGACAAGAAGUGCAGUUACUGGAAACUCAACACGACAUGCAACUCCUCGUGGCAAUCACACCUGUUUGACAAUGUGGCGACUGUGUUUUUUGCCAUUUUCAUGGGAAUUUGGGUGACACUGUUCCUGGAGUUCUGGAAAAGGCGCCAGGCCCGUCUGGAGUAUGAGUGGGAUCUGGUGGACUUUGAGGAGGAGCAGCAGCAGCUGCAGCUCCGGCCAGAAUAUGAAACCAGGUGUACAAAGAGCAAGGAGAACCCCAUCACUAAGGAACAAGAGGGGGUUCUUGACAAAACGGCUACAUAUGUAGCAGGGAAGUUUUUUCUGUGCUGGGCUGCUGUGAUCCUUUGGAUCUCAUUGAUCAUUGCCUGCAUCAUUGGGGUCAUAGCGUACCGCCUGGCGGUGUACGCGGCCUUCGCUAGCAUCAUGAAGGACAGCCCCACCAAUCAGCUGGAGGUGGUCGGCCCCUACAUUACACCCCAGCUGGCCACCUCUGUCACAGCCUCUUGCAUCAACUUUGUCAUCAUCAUGAUCCUCAAUCUCAUGUAUGAGAAAGUGGCUAUUUGGAUUACUGACAUGGAAAUCCCGAAGACCCACCUGGAGUAUGAGAACAAGUUGACGGUGAAGAUGUUCCUCUUCCAGUUUGUCAACUACUACUCCUCAUGUUUCUACGUGGCGUUUUUUAAGGGAAAGUUUGUGGGCUACCCUGGAAAAUACGCUUACAUGUUUGGGAGCCAUCUGAGAAACGAAGAGUGCGACCCUGGCGGCUGUCUGAUUGAGUUAACAACACAGCUGGUAAUAGUGAUGACUGGGAAACAGGUGUGGGGCAACAUUCAGGAAGCGCUACUGCCCUGGGUGAUGAACUGGUGGGGCAGCAGGAAGGCGCGGAGCCAUCCAGAGAGCCUGUACAGUCGCUGGGAGCAAGAUCAUGACCUGCAGAGCUUUGGUCAGCUGGGGCUCUUCUAUGAGUACCUGGAAAUGGUGAUCCAGUUCGGUUUCAUCACACUCUUCGUGGCUUCCUUCCCCUUGGCGCCGCUCUUGGCUCUUUUCAACAACAUAAUUGAAAUCCGAGUGGACGCCUGGAAGCUCACCACUCAGUUCAGACGUCCUGUGGCAGCCAAAGCCCACAGCAUCGGGGCCUGGGAGGAAAUUCUCAACGGGAUGGCCGUACUGUCUGUCGUUACAAAUGCAUUCAUCGUGGCCUUCACCUCUGACAUGAUGCCUCGGCUGGUGUACAUGUAUGCCUACCAGCCAGAGGGACAGAUGAAUAUGAAAGGUUACAUAAACAACAGUCUGUCCGUGUUUAACGUCUCUGCGUUUGAAGACUCCAGCAGGCCUGAGGAGGCCGAGAACCCGAUGUGGCUCAACAUCACAACCUGCAGGUAUCGUGAUUAUCGCUACCCCCCCGGGCACGAGAAGCAGUACUUCCACACGAUGCAGUUUUGGCAUAUUUUAGCUGCCAAGCUAGCUUUCAUCAUUAUUAUGGAGCAUGUUGUUUUCCUGGUUAAAUAUUUUGUGGCCUGGCUGAUUCCGGACGUUCCCUCUGACGUGAGGGCUCGGGUAAAGAGGGAGCGCUUCCUCGUCCAGGAGUAUCUUCACAAAUAUGAAGUUGAUAAGCUGAAACUUCAGCUCAGCCAGCAAGGCGAGAAGGAGUGCACGUGUACGCCGAUGAUCUACCCGACCUUACCCAAACACGAGGUGCUGUCGGAGGUCCUCUAGCACAGGGAGCGGCUGGACAGUCUGUCUACUCACCUGCUGACUGUGGAUUCACCGCUUUAGAGACCAAAACUCUGUGCAUGCUGACGAUUUGAUACGCUUGAAUUUAGACAUCGCUCUCAUUUAUGUCUCCUUGUGAAGUUAAGAUUUCCAAACUUUACUGUAUUCACACAAUAAGCCGCACUGUGUCUUUAAGAGACAGCUCACUCUUGUUUUAAUGUAAGGCUAUUUAAAGUGCCACCAAAGAGUCGCCUUGAUAUCAACGCUUACUGUUUCAUUUUUUUCUUUUUUAUUUUGAUAAGGAUUUCUGAAGUUCUCUGUGUUCAUAUCAGCUUAUUUUUAACCAGAUUUGCUUUGAUCAGUUCACCAUCGUUCAGGUCACUGCGCUGAUAAUUUUAGCAAAUUAUUUAAAAAAUCCAUCAUAUGUAAUGUUCGAUUGUUACUCUUAAUUUCACCUCAUUAUGUUCCCCAGGCCAAAACCUGAGAUGUGAAGCAGCUUUUUGUCCUGAAGGGAAAUCAGUGCUGCUGUUUUGACUGUGACUGAGGACAGAUUUGAUCCUGCAGAGGCCAGUUCUUGAGCUGUGGCAGCAGCAGCUGUUUAGCGCUGAAUGUGUACAGAGAUGAAAGGAUAAGAGUACUCUCUUUUUAAAUUAAAAAAAAUGUUUUUUGUUUUCUGUUUACCACACACCAGUGAAUGGAAACCUGUGUUUGCUUCGUUACACAAAGCCCGUCAGCCAGCGCCUGCAUCCAUCCCUGUGUUUCAGCUUUUCUCCGAAUAAAAGACACAUUUUUCCUUUCAUUUUGCACAAAGCACUUAAAGUAAUGCAACUACAUAACAUAACAUAAACAUGUAUAACGUAUCAUUAUCAUGACACCACGACUUUGUGAUCAGUGUUUUAGAAAGCAGUUAUCUACCUGUCAGAACUUUGAUAUUUAUAUAAAUAUGUGUGUGUGUUUUUUUUUUUAUUUAAGGAUCCAGAUCUGGUUUAGAAACUCUAUGAAGGACAUUUCACAUCAUUUGUUGUUGCCUAAAUGCAAACGUGCAGAACAUUUUUGUUUAUUGAAGGACUUGAAUCAGAUGUACAGUUAUUGAAUCUGUAGGUCUGUUUGAGAUGUAAUUGUGUGUAAGUUUGCCUCUGUCUUCCAGUUUGCCUUAUCUAUGCCGUGGGCUCUGCUGACCACUAUGCCUUAAAACAUCUCAUCCAAUUUUCCUACGACUUUACUUUUCUACCUAUUUUUCUUUUUUUUUUUCAAGUUUGCUGCCAUUAUAUUUGAGUCAGGAUAUGUUUCUGCUCAUUCUUCAGGCAAAAAUGAAUUUGUUUACUAUAUUUUUAAUGGUAAAUGUUCUUUUUUUUUAUGAGUGUCCUGUAUCCAAUUAUAUGAGACAACAAAAAUAAAUCUCUGAGCUCAGACA